AGGGAAUCAGCGACCUGACCGGGGUAGCGUGGUUCAUAUCUUGCAUGAAGAUGAGUGGGAAACGGCCAGCGGAAGCCGGGCCGGCCCGGGUGGGCAAGAAGGGAAAGAAGCAAGUGAUGUCGGGGUUUUCACAUGCUGUCACGGAAGAAACUCUGAAAAAGCAGGUGACUGAGGCCUGGAACCACCGAACGCCGUUCAGUCAUGAAGCUGUUGUCAUGGAUAUGGACCCCUUUCUUCAUUGCGUGAUCCCAAACUUCAUCCAAAGCCAGGACUUCUUGGAAGGACUUCAGAAGGAACUUUUGAAUUUGGACUUUCAUGAAAAAUACAACGAUUUGUAUAAGUUCCAGCAGUCUGAUGAUUUAAAGAAGAGAAGAGAGCCUCAUAUCUCAGCUUUAAGGAAGCUUCUGUUCGAAGAUUUCCGGACCUGGCUUUCUGACGUUUCUAGCAUUGACCUGGAACCAACCAUUGACAUGUCCUGUGCUAAAUAUAAAUUCACUGAUGCCCUGCUGUGCCAUGAUGAUGAGCUGGAAGGGCGCCGGGUUGCCUUCAUUCUCUACCUGGUUCCUUCCUGGGACGGGAGCUUGGGAGGAACUCUAGACCUGUUCAACACUGAUGAACACUUUCAGCCGAAGCAAAUUGUCAAGUCUCUUAUCCCUUCGUGGAACAAACUGGUUUUCUUUGAAGUGUCUCCAGUAUCCUUUCACCAGGUGUCUGAAGUCCUGUCUGAAGAGAAGUCACGUUUAUCUAUAAGUGGUUGGUUUCAUGGUCCUUCAUUAACUAGACCUCCCACCUACUUCGAACCCCCGAUCCCUCGAAACCCUCACAUCCCACAAGAUCAUGAAAUUUUAUAUGAAUGGAUCAACCCUACUUACCUGGACAUGGAUUACCAAGUUCAAAUUCAAGAAGAGUUUGAAGAAAGGUCUGAAAUUCUCUUAAAGGAAUUUCUUAAGCCUGAGAAAUUUGCAAAGGUCUGUGAGGCCUUGGAGAAAGGAGAUGUUGAAUGGAGUAGCCAUGGUCCUCCUAACAAAAGGUUCUAUGAGAAAGCUGAGGAGAGCAAGCUACCCGACAUCCUGAAGGCCUGCAUGGAGCUGUUUCGCUCUGAAGCGAUGUUCUUGCUGCUUUCCAACUUCACAGGCCUGAAGCUUCACUUCCUGGCCCCUUCAGAAGACGACAUGGAGGACAAAAAAGAGGGAGAAGCAGCCUGUGCGGCUGAGAGCACUGAAGAAGGGCCUAGCCAGAGUUCCUCAGAGCCUGAGAAUAAUCAGGCUGCCCUCGGGAGCAACAAGCAACAGACCACUGAAAAGAUUGACCUCGGGCCAGAGCAAGACGGAGCAGAGAAAGAAUUGAGUGUCCCUAUGUGCCAAGGAGAACUGAGGCACUGGAGGACUGGUCACUAUACUUUAAUCCAUGACAACAGCAAGACUGAGUUUGCCUUGGACCUGCUUCUGUACUGUGGCUGUGAAGGCUGGGAGCCAGAAUAUGGAGGCUUCACAUCCUACAUUGCCAAAGGUGAAGAUGAAGAGCUGCUAACAGUGAAUCCGGAAAACAAUUCCUUGGCAUUGGUCUACAGAGAUAGAGAGACUCUGAAAUUUGUCAAGCAUAUUAACCACCGAAGCCUUGAACAAAAGAAAACCUUUCCAAACAGAACUGGUUUCUGGGACUUUGCAUUUGUCUACUAUGAGGGACAGGAGUGGACGGAGCUAACACAAGGCUGACACUUCCUCAGUACAAAAAGUCUGUGAUCCAUCGGUGUGGAGUGAAGGACACCGCCCCUGGCUACUGCCUGUUCUCACAGUCAGCUGGGUGUGGUGACCCAUGCCUGUAAUCCCAGCACAUAAGGAGCAGAGGCAGGAGGAUCUUGAGUUCAAGGCCAGCCUAAGCUACAUAGUGAGACCUUAUCUCAGAAACAAAGAACACAACUGGUCCUCCUUUCAUAGGACUCAUGAUUAUCUUCAAACUCAUCCUUGAGCUGGAGCAAAGCGUUUAGCCCCGGGGGUUUUAAAACAAGUGCUUUAAGAAAAAAAAAUUUUUUCAUUUUAUUCCGUAUCUUCUAUAUUGACUGCUUAGGAACUUUUUUUCUCUUUCUUUGGUGGUAUUUUAUUUGUGGCAAAAUGUACAUAACAUAAAAUUUAGCAGAUUAAUCUUUUGGUCGUUUUGAAACAGGGUGUUACUACAUAGCUUAGGCUAGCUCUGAACCAGCGCGCCCUCUGCUGCAGACACCCAAGUCCAGGAACUGUAGGCUUGCAUAACCACGCCCAGCCCACUUGAAUACAUUCACCAUGCUGUGCAGCUAUCACCACUGUCCCUAUUCAAAGUACUUCCAUCUUCUCAAAGUGAAACUCCACUCACUGAACAAUCACUCUUCACUCUCCUCCACAACCCCUAUCCUCCUUUAUUAACUCAACUACUCAUAUUCCUCGUGAGUGACUCAUACAUUACUUGUGAUUAUUUUAGUUCAUUAUAAAGUUGUCAAGGUUCAUCGGU